AUGCGGCGAGCCGUCGCCGAGCAGCAGGAGGCCUUCGUUCGCGACGAAUUCCUCGCGCGACUCGCCAAAGACAGUCGCGUGCGAUUUUCGCUGGUCGAACACGCGAAGCCUGACGAACGAGUACAAAGAUUCGUCUACGCUGUCGAGCACGAAAGGUGCUUGCCUUUGGUGGGUUUUUUGGAGAAAAUGGUCUUUUUUUAUUCUUGUGCGUUUUUUUUCUUCUUUGUGAUAUAGACCGUGUGCCACGACUUGGAAUUUCACGAAACGACAUUCCGCUGUGCGCCUUUGCGGACCUUGGUCGCGCUUUUAUUAUUUUUUACUUUUAUUAAGGUUCUCUACUUUCAUGUGCUCCCACAGCAAUAACAAUCAACUGAAAGCGUGAAAGACGCUUCGCGAACGCAUGCAGCGGAACAGCGGAAUUUCGUUCCGUGAAAUUUCAAGUCCUGGCACACAGACUAUACUGUGCUUUAAAUGGAUUUUUUGAUUGGAAAAUUUGAAACUUUAUCGAUAUUUUCAAAGGAAAGGAUAUUUUUAAAAGUCUUGUCGUUGUUAAAGGCAUAGGGGCAGUAAAAAAUGGGGUUUCAGGUGAAAGCAGUAUCUUGUAUAGUUUUUCUUUGCGAAUCCAACAGUGUACUCAAAAAAAUUACAGAUGUGACAACUCUAGAAGAAAAAAACGCGAUUUCACUUUCCCGCCUUUUUAUUUUGAAAAAGCUUUUGGAUCGGUGCUCAGACAACUGAUUACAGUAGCUGUGCACGCGAUGUUGCGGACGUCUCAUUAG